UCCCGAAAUGAAUUGAAAGUGGUCUCGUCCGCGCUCGGUCAUCGACGGAUAUUUUUUUCUUCAACACCUCCUCUUCCUGACUGACGGACGGGUACACACACCGAGUGUGUAUGUCUUCAGGAAGAUAUCGCACGAACGCACGCAGUGACGGAAUAGUGACGGUCGCGAACGCGAGGAUUUUUGUUUGUGGGGAAAACCUGUGACCAGCGUGCGCUGGACCUCGGAACAUCCGGAAGAUUCGCGGGUGCGUGCACCCAGAGACCGCAAGAAUUUCAAGUUUUCUUCCUUAAAAUUUCGGAGGAAACCCACAACAUCAAGAAGAAGCAGUGUUGAACAGCAGCAGAAGAGAAGCCAACCAGUCGGUUCUCUCGCUCGCGCUCACACGAGCGCGCACUCUUUCCUCCUCCGAAAGUGGCUUUUUUCUACUCUGUUUUCGCUUCCCGUUUUCUCUCCGUGUACACACGGAGGUCGGGGUUUUCGGGGCCCAACAGAAUAAGUGUGUGUGAUUUUUUUCCCUCCGUGGGCCCUUUGCUAGACGAGUCUAGGCCUGCUCCGAUGGGUCGCCGACAGUCAGCAGUGUGUCAAUGAAUGGAGAAUUUUCGGUCGAAAAAAAGCAGCAGCAGCAGUUUGAAAAUCAAAGAGUGCCACUUGAAGUGUCUGUCUGUGUGUGAGUGUGUGCGUUUCGGGGGAAAGCGCAGCAGCCUGCUACGAGCACGACAAAUGAUUUAUGAAAACGGCCGAAGGAAUUAGAUGAAGAAUAUUUCGGCGAAGCAAGUCGUCGCGUGUUGUGCAAACAAAUUCGGUGAAAAAUCGUCCCGAAUCAAUUUUCGCGGCUGGUGUUGUUGUUGUUACACUCGCUGAAGAGGAAGAAGAAGUCCGAAGAGAGAAAGUGCGAGCGAGUUUUGACAGCGGCAGCGCAGGGUGGGUUUUCCGAAAUAGUUCGAUAAUUGCGGCGAAGAAGGAAGAACUUCGGGACGGGGUUUGAAGGUGGAUGGGGGAAAUGAGUGUGUGAUUUUCCCGGCGCGACAGAGAUUACACGAAGGAAUUACCGCGAGUCGGCGACUCGCGCAAGAAAGAGGAUUAUUUCAUUAAUCAUGAAGACGAGCUGAGCGUUCAAGAAUAGUGUGUCCGACGACGGCGAGCUGAAGAAGCAAAGAAACGACGAGCUGAAAAGAGGGAUCGCAGACAAUGUGUGGUGGCUAAUGGUGCUACUUUUUAACUUUUUUGUGGUCUGCCUUUCUGGAUCUGGAGAAACGACACGGCGACGACUUGAAUGAGUUCGACAGCCGCGGUCCCGACGAAAGUUGGACGACGAGUCGUGGAGCAAAGAUGGGGCAGAAGUGAUACGUUAUAGUGGUUCGACGAUAAUUUAAAUAAAAUAAAGAUUCAAACAAUUGUGUGUGUUUCGAGGGGGACGGACGGAGAAGCGGCGGCCAAGGCAAUAUUUUAUACUUAAGCCGAAAGACAGUAGGUUGUUUUUUUCGGGGAUUUCUUGGAGCCGAAGGAGUACCAUGCAAAAAAGAUGAAUAAAUACAGCCGAAAGAAGAGCAGCAGGGGUGACGUCACGGAGGUGAAUCGUCACCACCAGCACCACCAACGACAGACUGCCACCAACAGUAUAACGACAAAGCGGCGAAAAUACCGGCUGCUAAACACCCGGCUAAAGCUGCUGCCGAGCAUCCGGACGUGUUCGUUCCUGACGCUGGGGCUGAUCGUGUGCCUCCAGCUGUUGAUGAUGUCCACCGUGCUGCACUGUGCCAAAACGUUCUACAUGCACUGGAACACGACGAACAGCAUAUUCCGGAUCGACAACACGGACCACAUCAUCGACGUGAACAAGGGCAACUCGGCGUUCGAGUACGACCAGGUGCAUAUCAUCUGUCCGGUGUACGAGCCGGGCACGUUCGACAACGAGACGGAGAAGUACAUCAUCUACAAUGUGUCCAAGGUGGAGUACGAGACGUGCCGGAUCACGAACCACGAUCCGCGGAUCAUCGCGAUCUGCGACAAGCCGAACAAGCUGAUGUUCUUCACUAUCACAUUCCGGCCAUUCACACCGCAACCCGGUGGUCUAGAGUUCCUACCAGGGAAUGAUUACUAUUUUAUCUCAACCUCGUCCAAGGACGACCUCCACCGGAGGAUAGGUGGGCGAUGUUCCACCAACAACAUGAAGGUAGUCUUCAAGGUGUGCUGCAACGACGACCAGCACCCACAUCCAAACGUGACGUCUAGUGUCAAUAGUAUUCCGUCGUCGACGGCAAUCGACGGACCGUCCGCCGGUGGCGGUGACGGCCAGAACGCCGCCAGCGGCAGCAGAGGUGUCUCGAUCAACACCAACGCCAGCGGUGGCUCGCUGGACGGCACCAGCGUCGAUCCGUCCACCCGGUUGCUGCCGUCCUCGACGGUCAACAGCAGCCAGGGCAACAUCGUGCAGAGCACGGUCAACUGGCCGGUGUGGAACGGCGGCCAGCAGAGGCCCGUCCCGUCGACGCCCGCCAUCAACGGCAACGGACGGCACCAGCAUCACUACACGCCGUCCCCACCGCGGACGGCGGUCAACAACUACAACAACAACUACGGCGGCAGCGGAAGCGGCUCUGGUGCUCAUAGUAAUAGUAAUAAUUAUAAUAUUAACAAUCCACCGUCCAAUGCACAUCAGAACAAUAAGCCGACGAAGAAGACGAACGAAUACGACAAACACCCGAACGAGGUCGUCAAGAACGAGGAGCUCACCUAUAACAAUGCCGCGGCGACGCGAACGCGCGGCAUGCUAGGAUUAGUCGCGCUAUUGGUCUGUGCCACGCAGCUCCUCCUCGUAGUGCACAGUAGCAGCAGUAGCAGUUGGAGUAGUUGGAGCAGUAGGCGCAGCGUAGUCCCAGCCGGGUUGCCAAAUGCAUUGCCAUUGACGAGAUAGCACGUAAGCCGAUUCCUAACGCGAUGCUAAUCAUUACACACUAACACAAAACCACAAAACACACAUUUGUAAUACGAGAUCGACUACUGGAUCAGAUUUUAGGCUUGUUCGGGGUGGUGAAUUUCAUGAUCAACGAUACUUGUAAAACAAGACAGAGUCACACACAGAGAAAAA